AGAGAUCACUCAGGGUCUGAGGGGUCGGGCUGAUGGUGGUGUUUAGAUCUCACCACGAUCAGCAGUGCUUCUCUCUCCUUGGAGGAGAGCAGGGGGGCGGUGCCGGGGCCCUGGGGCCGGAGGUGCCUGGCGCCAUCCCCCUUCCUCAGCUGCCCGCCCCUGUGGUCCAAGUGGUCAGGCUUCGGUGCCUGCCUGUUCUGUAGGGUUCACAUUGCAGUCUGGGGACAGGUGAGUGCCUGAGACCGGCCGCCUGUCCGAAAUCACCAUGGAAGUGCUUGACAAUUGCGGCAACAAGGUCUACCUGUCCUUCGGGAGCACCUGCCUUGGGGCCUGGAGUGGUGGUCCCCGGGCGGGGCGUGUCUCCCAGAGCAGCUCUGGAGGCCUCAGGGCCUCCCUGCGGGCGGGUUGUGUCCGGUGGUUUCUGGUGGUGCCGCUGGGUCCGUGGGAGACGGCGCUGUGGGAUCCCGGGGACCUCUCAGGACUUUGUGAGUCUGUGAGUCUACACCCCUGGCUCUCUCCUUGUAGGGCUGCGGCCGGGAGAGGAAGCCACAGGCAGCACAGCCCACAGAGGCAGUGAUGGGGAAGCAGGGUUGGCCAGCUGCCUUCCUGCUCCCUCAUCCUUAGCCUAACACCUGCCCCUCCUUCUGCUAAGGAUCCGUCUUUCCCUGCUCUGCAGAGUGUUGGGGAGCACUCCCUGACCUUUCCCUGUGGGGCAGGAAUGCCUGUAAAUCUACGUGGAUGUCUCAGGGGACCGGGUCCAACCUCCAUUGGCUUUCUGGCCCUAGACACAGGCAGGGGGCGAGGAGUGUCCGGGGAGAAAGCUCUCGUGGAUGUUGAUGACCUUUCUGUGGUCUGGGGUUUAGUGGUUUCCUUGGGUGGAUCUCAGUGUCUGAGAAGGCUGACAGGGCCUGAGCCCCAGGCAUGUGAUCACAGCUGGAGGGCUGGGUCCUCGCGCCACGCAGGGAGGGGGGCCUGGAGGGCUCAGAAGCCAGAGAGGUCAGAGCUCCGCUCUGGGGCUUCGCCUCAGCAGCCCCCGGGGUCUGGCCACUCUCUGGGGGUCACCUCACUCCUUUCCGGACUUCUCCCAGAAGCGCCUCUCUCACCCAUCCCGCCCCCAUUCCAGAAUCUCCGCAUUGACCCCAGGUUACCUCCCGAGUUCUUUGGGGUGCUCGCUUCUUUCCAGAACAGCUUGUCCCAGCACGUCUGGGCGACCAAGAAGGGCCAGACGGCCAUGGAGGCAGCCCUCACCUCCCUGCUGGACCAGGAUGGAGGGGUCCACAUGUUGCGGGUGCCUGUGUGGAACCUGGAGGAGGUAGAAUUUCACAUCCCCAUCACCCUCAAUCUGAGCAUUUUGACAUUUCUGUGGCAACGAAAGACGGGCCCUAUCAGUACACAGUUCAGGUAACCUUGACUCCCCAGCGCUGGGUCCAUUCCUUCUGGGUGCUUCCGUCAGAUU